GGCUCAGAUCCAGCGGCCAAUGCCUCUGGCCCCACAGAAGCACCUACAGAAAACUGAAGGCUUGACAGAUCCCGGGAAGCAGAGGGUCAGAUAGUCCAGGAUGACCUCCAGCUCCUCAUGUAGCUGUGGAUGACCUUGAACUCCUGCUCCAUCUCUGAAAGCUGGGGACAGAGCCGAGGGCUUUGUGCACCAGGGUCCAUGGAUACCUUCAGCACGAAGAGCCUGGCCCUGCAGGCCCAGAAGAAAGUCCUCAGCAAGAUGGCUUCCAAGGCCAUGGUAGCUGUGUUUGUGGACAACACCAGCAGUGAGGUCUUGGAUGAACUGUACCAGGCCACUAAGGAGUUCACCCGCAGCCGGAAGGAGGCUCAGAGGGUGAUGAAGAACCUGGUGAAGGUGGCCGUGAAGCUGGCCGUGUUGCUUCGGGCGGACCAGCUGGAUGGCAAUGAGCUGGCCCAGCUGCAGCGGUUCCGGGGCCGCGUCCAUAGCCUGGCCAUGACAGCCCUCAGCUUCUACCAGGUAGACUUCACCUUUGACCGGCGUGUGCUGGCCACAGGGCUGCUGGAGUGCAGGGACCUGUUGCACCAGGCUGUUGGCCCGCACCUCACCGCGAAGUCCCAUGGUCGCAUCAAUCACAUCUUCAGUCACUUUGCCAAUGGUGACUUCCUGGCUGCACUGUACAGCCCAGCAGAGCCCUACCGGAGCCAUCUGUGCCGAAUCUGUGAUGGCCUUGGGAGGAUGUUGGACGAGGGUGGCAUCUGACCUGGAGCCAGCCACCUGGAGACUAUCCUCCACUGGUGACGGUCCCCAAGAACACAGAACUGCCUGUGCCUGAGGCAGUGUGUCCUCUGUUUCUCCUCCUGUAACUUAUCUGCUUUUGUCUAGCUUCUGCUUCACCUCCCCACCUCCUCUUCUUACUUCUGAGACAGGUCUCAUGUAGCCCAGGCUGACCCCAAACACCCUAUGAAGCCAAGGCUGACCUUGACUGCCCAAUCCUCCUGCUCCCACCUCCAAGAGUGCUGGACAAUAGAUGUGUGCCAGCACUCCAGUGUCUGAGCAUUCUCAGGCUUUCAAAUAAGGUUGUGGAGAAUUAGGAGACACAAAUUGUACUCCCCUGACCUCUACCCCUGCCAAAUGACUAUUUCCUAAGCCUCAGGUCCUCUCAAGGUGACUUGCUUUAGAAAAUGAAGUUCAAACUCUUGUUGUACCAGACUAGAGUUGAACAAGUACCAGACUGCUACAACAGGUCCUUAUGUAUAGGUUGGCCUAGGAAGGCUCACUCUGCCAACGCUGCAGGACACUGGACACUGAGGAGUGAUGCUACUACAAACCAAGAACACCAGCAGACAGAUGCUGGGCAGGGGACCAUGGUUUCUCCCCAUGGUUUUGAAAGGAGAGACUCCAAGCACACUUUGGUGUUGGGAUCUGACAUCCUGUUAGGGGACUGGACUCUGGCAUUGAAGAAAAGAAAUAAAUAGAGCCAGUGAGAUGGCUCAGCGUGUAGGA